CCCAGACCCGCCGACUCUCGUCCGAAAUCAACCGGUGCCGACGAAAGCUACAGCUGGGCAUCGGAACACACCCGACAUGAAUGCCUUCUACGGCUGCUAAAAUGGACAAGCUUGCCGGCUGUGGGGAUUGCGUGGGUUCCAACCUAAACAAGAAUAGUCGACUGGCGAUAAAAAGGGGUGCAGGGAGAACAGAGGAAGGCGCAGCACAAUGGAUACCCCGGCUUCCCCUGCUGUCCCCGGUUACCUACUCCCCGUGCGUCAGAAAUGCUGUGAAUCCCUCAGAGCUCGGUUCUGACCGCUGGUUUGGCAGAACAUGGCGGAAUCGGCGACUGAAGCCACCCGGUAUAUCCUGCGUGCGUUGCACGAGUCAUGCAUAGCUUACUAGUCAGCAGCCUGGAUGAGCAGCAUGAGGCGAUCCAGGCACAUCUCGGUCACGACAAAUUGUGCUAUGCUCCACUGGAAGAACUGGAGCCCCGCAGAAUCUUGGAACUUGGCUGCGGCACUGGCCUUUGGGCCGCCCAAGCAGCCCAGAUGUUUCCUGACGCACAUGUCGUCGCAGUCGAUAGUUCCGCCAUGAGCUCACGGUCUCUCAUGCGUCUUCCCGAGAACGCGUCAUUCUACCAAACUUCUAUCCUCGACUAUCUCGACACGCAGCCGGAAUCCUUCGACAUUGUCCACGCCCGUUUCGUUCUCAUGCAUAAUCCCAACCCUGAAGCUCUCAUCAAUCGAACAAUCGGAGUGCUCAAGCCCGGAGGAUACCUGCUGAUCGAGGACUACGAUUUCAACUCCCUGAUUGAGACC